UUGUGCCAGCAUUUUCGUUUUUCCGAAAACGGCGGAGAGAACGGAAUUUAGUCAUUUUCAUGGAAAUUGUAAACAUUGUAUGACUUACUGUUUUUCGAAAAGUUAAACUAUAAAAUGCCGCACAUUGAUAACGAUAUAAAACUGGAUUUUAAAGAUGUUCUUUUACGGCCGAAAAGAAGUACUCUUAAAAGUAGAGGUGAUGUUGAUCUGGAGCGUAGUUACAAGUUUUGUAAUUCUGGACAGCAGUAUAAAGGAGUACCUAUAAUAGCAGCUAAUAUGGACACAGUAGGCACAUUUGAAAUGGCAAAAGCUUUGGCUAAGCAUGGCCUCUUCACAACAAUACACAAACAUUAUUCUGUAGAAGCUUGGAAAGAAUUUAUCACUCAGAACCUUGACAUUGUAGAGAAUGUUGCAAUUAGUUCUGGUUCAGGGCCAGGAGAUUUUGAUAAAUUGAAAGCUAUCACAGAAGCAAUACCACAAAUCAACUAUAUCUGUCUUGAUGUAGCAAAUGGUUAUUCAGAACAUUUUGUGUCUUUUGUACGGCAAGUUAGAAAAGCUUUUCCUUCAUUCACUAUCAUGGCUGGUAAUGUGGUCACAGGAGAGAUGGUGGAAGAACUAAUUCUGUCAGGUGCAGAUAUCAUCAAGGUUGGGAUAGGCCCAGGUUCAGUAUGUACCACUAGGAAGAAAACAGGGGUUGGUUAUCCCCAGCUGAGUGCAGUUAUUGAGUGUGCUGAUGCUGCUCAUGGGCUUGGCGGACACAUUAUUUCAGAUGGAGGAUGUUCCUGUCCUGGUGAUGUGGCGAAAGCUUUUGGUGCUGGGGCUGACUUUGUCAUGAUUGGAGGAAUGUUUGCUGGACAUGAUCAAUCAGGUGGAGAUAUCACAGAGAAGAAUGGAAGAAAAGUAAAAUCAUUCUAUGGAAUGAGUUCAGCUACAGCUAUGAAAAUGUAUCAUGGUGGAGUUGCUGAGUACAGAGCUUCUGAAGGGAAGAGUGUUGAAGUUCCUUACAAGGGUGAUGUAGAGCAAACUGUCUUGGAUAUCCUGGGUGGUUUAAGGUCUGCCUGUACUUACACAGGAGCUUCCAAACUUAAAGAACUUCCUAGACGUACUACCUUCAUUAGGGUCACUCAGCAGUGGAAUCAGACAUUUCAGAAUGAAGUUUCACAGUAGUUAUUAGAUUCAAGUGGAGUAAAAUAUCCUGCUAAUUGUGAAGUAAUAUUGAAGUGCUGUGAUGUGAAAGUCACCAUUGCUCUCUCUUCACAUUGAUUCUCAUACAGUUAUUUUUUUUUUCAUGGAUAAAAACAUUAAUCUUGUUUCGUUUGACCUUCAACUAGUCACCAACCUUAGUUUGUUGAUAGUUAUGUUUUUUUUUCUUACUUUAAUGUGUUGUUAGUUGCUGAGUUGUGUAAUAGAGAAAGACUAUAAUCAUCUGAUUUUGUGAUAGUUUAAGAAAUAGUAGCAUUUUGAAGUUUCUUGAAAAAUGAGGAAGGAGUUCUUUUUUUUUCCAGUGGGAAAUAUAUAUUUUUGAUUCUGCAUGUCAUGAAAAAAAGAAAAAUUUUGAGAAUGAGUUUGGAAAAGAAAAUAUGUAAUUCUUGUCCUGACCACUUUGACUUUUCUCAUGUAGCAUUUUUAUUUUUUCAACUAGCCUUCAUGACCACUUAUUGUACUGAAAUUGUAAUGUUUGUGUUUCAAAUGCACUUAUAACAAUACUGAUGUAACUUGAAAGUGAAUACACAAAUAUUGCCAAAACUUGGACCCUUUGGAAUUUUUUUUCUCUUUUUUUAUUGUACUAUUCCAUCUACAAUGAUUAUUUUAACAUGCAUUUCAAUCAUACCAGUUUACUUACAAUUUGAAUUUAUCCAAGUCUUUAUCAAGUUCUGUAGUAAUAGAAUGUGUUUCAAAGUACUGUGUUGUACAAACUUUCUGAAUUUCAUAUUUAUAAACUCAACAGUUUUUUUGUAUUUGAGAUGGAAUAUAAGAAUUAUGUAAUUUGUUGAAUUACAUGAAGCUAAAAGAAUAUAGUUUAUUAUUGCCUUAUACUGUAGUUUUCUAACUAAUACUAUUAGUGAAUAUUUUUGUUUUCAUAUGUAUAGAAAAUGAAAUAUUAACAGAAACUCCAGUUUCCAUAAUCAUUGUUCUUUUUUAACAGAUUUGAAGCAACAGUAAAACAUUUGUAUUUUAUAAAGUAUGUAUUUUUCUACAUGAAAGUAUUCCCCUAAACUCUGUCACUGUGAUUACAGAUUUGAGAAAGUAUCAGAGCAUUUAAAGAUUCUGUUUUCAUAGUCAGAUAAAACAAGUUUGUUUUUUUCUGUAUGAAGGUAUUACUUGUUGAUUUUAUGUGCCAAAUAAGAAGUUUUACACUUUGCUUAUUAUGGGAUAAACAUGUCUUGAUCUUGGUAUGGCACUACAUAUAAGAAAUAUCUCUUUAUGUCAAAUCUUUGGUACCCUAAUCUAAGUUUGCAUAAUUUAUAAGGUAGUAUCAUUAGUACAUUUACUCAGUUCGGUAUUGCCAGGUGGUUAGGGUGCUUGACUCACAAUCCCCAUCCCACCAAACAUGUUUGCCCUUUCAGCUGUGGGGGCAUUAUAAUAUGAUGGUCAAUCCCACUAUUCGUUGGUAAAAGAGUAGCCCAAGAGUUGGCUGUGGGUGGUGAUGACAAGCUACCUUCCUUCUAGUCUUUCACUGCUAAAUUAGGGAUGGCUAGUGUAUAUAGCCCUCUUGUAGCUUUGCACGAAAUUCAAACCAAACUAGUACUUUGCAUAUGAAAGUAUCAUUUAGCAGGACUCUAUCCUGACAUGCCUUAAGUACCCAUUUACACUUUAAUAUAUAUAAUUUAGCUAGGCCAUCCUUGAAAGUAGUGAUCUAGUCAAUGUCAUUAUAGAUUUUACUUCUUUUUCCAUAAAAAAAGUAGUAUUUCUAGUAUACUGUGUGCUUUAGCAACAUUUAUCAGAACUUAUCUGUAGUAUCCUGUGAGACUUUGGAAGGUAGUAUAUCUACUGUCCAUGAGUAUUUCCACAUCAUUUAUUAUUCCAUGUGUGUUUAUUAUAUGUGCUGUUUUUUUUUAAAUACAUUUUUUCUAUCUGUAGACUUGAUCAAAUCCAUUUUACAAGCUUUGAUACAUUUAUUUUGGACCAACAUAAUAUUUUUUAAGAGUUGAUCAUAAUGUAUAGGAUUUCAUGUUCAGAAGAUCACACGAAAUAUCCUGUUCCUCAAGUUGAAGUAUAUUCAUUAAUUUAUUUUUUAUGUAAUACUAAAUAAAAGGGUCUGAAAUAUUAAUCCUGUACUGUAGUGUGAAUAUGAUUCAUAAUAUUUACAUUCAGUUGAUAUACUAGCCUGUUUGGUAAUGAAAAGAAACACUAGAAUAUUCCUUGUUUUUGUAUUAGUGAAUGUGCAUGUGUUAAAGAAGUACAUUACUUGAAAUUUCCACUUAAUCCAGCACAAAAAUUUAUUUUGACAUGAAACAAUUGGGUAAUUUUAGGAAAACAAAUUUUGCAAAUGAAAUCAAAUCUUCACCUUGCAUUUUGAUUUUUCAAUGUAGGUUAAUGUAAACUGUUGUACUAACUUUAUUAAUAUGACUUACUAUAAUUUCUACUUCAGGUUAGCUUUUUAAUAUUGUAGCUAAUCAACAAUGAACCAUGCUUCACUCUUCUUCCCAUUUUGAAGGAACAGGUAACUUGUCAUAGGUCAUGAAAUAUUUUGAGUACCUAAUCUUAGUACUGAUAUUAAUGUUAAUUAUUGGUUGAAGUUUGUAAGUGAACAACAGAUGGAACCCAUUAAAAAGUAAUGUAAUUACAUUGAUGUUAAUUUGAAUGUGCCUUGAAAGCUAAAUCUGUGUAAAUGUUGUUAGGCUUUGACCAUAAUGUGACAUUAUUCAAGUUUGCUUUGUGAUGUGUAUUGUUAACCUGGAAAUAAAAAAUCAAAACUUU